AUGAAUGAGGGCUCUGAACUUUUCAGGAGUAAUAGUAAUGGUGAUGAUGAUUAUGAUAGUGAUACAGUGAAUCAGUAUGCAGGCAAGAAUUUGAAACGAGCCGAUAGAAUUUAUGGAUGGGGGUCUGCCUCUACUGGAGCUUUAGGUGUAAAGACAUUGGUGAGGCCAGAGAAACAUCAAAAGACGAGAAAAGUUCAGUUAACACCUCUCAAAAUUGAAAUUAUGGCAAAAAGGAAAUUAAAAGUGAAAGCAAUGGGUUGUGGGUACGGCUUCACAGUGUUUGCAUGCGAGGAUGGCUCAACAGGACAGAUGCAUGUCUAUGGCACGGGUCUCAACACAGACUCACAAAUUGGCUACCAUGAAUAUCCGAGAAGAUCAGGCCGGGUGUUGGAGUUGUUGAUUGAACCAUCAGAAAUCCAAUUGCCCCUUCAGAACAGAUCAACGAGAAUCACACACGUGGCCUGUGGACGAGCGCACACAGUCAUCGUCACUGAUGGCGAAGGAGUUUUCACAUUAGGCAACAAUUCUCUUGGUCAGUGUGGUAGGAAGAUAAUUGAGAGCGAGAUAUUCAGAGGCAGCCAGUUGGUUAACAGGAUCGAUUUCAAAGAAAAAAUUAAACAGGUGGUAUGUGGACAGGAUCAUACCCUGCUAUUGACUGACGAUGGCAGGCUGUUUGCCUGUGGACUUUCAACUGAUGGACAAACAGGUCAAGGCCAUUAUGAAUGUGUUGAAAAUUUUGAGGAAGUCGUUGGGGAUGUGAAAGGAGAGAAAAUUGUGCAGGUGUCAUCGAAAGCUGACACUGUCCUCGCUGUUUCUGAGAAGGGUGAUUUGUUUGGUUGGGGCAACAAUGAAUACGACCAGUUGGAAAUAGUUGCUCCAGAUGAGACACAGUUGCACACACCUCGUCAUGUGCGACUGCGGCCUGACGUCGGACCUGUUAAGAAAACCUGCACCGCUGGCUCCACGUGUGCAAUCCUCAAUCGUAAAGGUUUGGUCUAUACAUGGGGAUAUGGCAUACUUGGUAGAGGUCCAACAGUGGACAGAUCUGCUGUACCGCAUGUCAUUCCUCCCAUUUUGUUCGGCAACACUGACUACAAGACGGGGGACGCUGCUGUCACUGAUCUUCAGUGUGGUCUCCAUUUUUUCACUGCUUUAACAUGUAGUGGUGACCUUUAUACAUGGGGAAGGAACAGGUUGGCGUGUCUGGGGCUGGGUCACGUUAACGAUCAAUAUUUUCCGUUGAAAACUCACAUCCCGGCAGAGGUCAAACAAGUGCAUUGUGGAGUCGAUCAUGCUGUUGUCUUAUGCAAAUCAUUUGUCUGA